AUGGGGCGAGGAAAACUUAGCAUGCAAUUGAUCGGUAAUGAAAAAUCUCGAAAGACGACUUUUCUUAAGCGGAAGAAAAGUUUGUUGAGAAAAGCUUAUGAGCUCUCGACACUUUGCGACGUUCGUGCUUGUGUCUUUGUCUAUGGCCCGAAUCAUAACGACCAAUCUCCCGUCGAACUCAACACGUGGCCACCGUGUCGGGAGGAAGUCAACAACAUGAUUGCUUCAUACAAGGCUAAUUGUCUCCACAAACGAGCUCGCAAGGCUUUCGAUCUCCUCGACUUCUUCUCCGAGAGAAAGAAGAAGUUAGAAAACGACAUGUCGAAGCUUCGUAAGGAUGUUUUGGAAGCCAGGUUCCCGAAGUGGGAUGAACGUCUAGAUCAUCUAACAGAAGAUCAAUUACGGAUUCUAAUGGUAAAAUUGGACUCGAAGCUUGAUACUAUGAAGAGAAGGAUCGAGAUCGUCACGGAGAAUCACGAGGAAGGAACAUCGGGCGAGAACAACCAAACCCUAAUCGCAAACAUGAAGCCGGAACAAGUAAUGUCAUAUGGAGAACAAAGUUAUGAGAUGUUUGGGAAUCCAUCAAUGGAAACACAACCCAUGAUGCCAUUCCAUCACCAAUAUCAUCAACAACUCCAAACAAUGGCUCAAAAUCGUCAAAUGGAUCAUGAACUUGAGAAUUUAUCUCAAAUCUUGUUUGGAUCUAAUGGGUCAUCAGCUCAAAUUCAGUCAAAUUAUGGGAAUAAUUGUUUCCAAAACCCUAAUUUCUACACUGAUCCAACAAAUGGGAUGGUGAUGGACAACACACAAAGCUACUCAAUGUGCCAUUAUGGAGUUCCUCGUGCUACACAAUCUGUUCUUCCGGUGUCAUACAUGCCACUCAUAGAUGAUCAAAUGAUGAUGGCUUGUGCUUUAAAUACUCAAAUGGGUUUGGCCAAUACUUCAGCUCAAGUGAACGACCAGUUUGAUUGCUUCAAUUAUGAGUAUUUUAUGAAGCCAAACAACUUCUAA